AUGCCCAGCUGCUCGUGGAUUCGCCAGAGACAGGCGCUAGGGCUGGGGGGGAGGAGAGAGGAGGAGGAGGAGAGAGCAAAGCGUUGGGAGUUUGGCAGCGAGAAGCCGGGGCCAGGCUGGAGACGCUCGGCGGCGAGCGGCCAGAGAUGCUGCUCUGCUUACCGUCAGUCCUCUCAGAGGCCAGCGACACCCUCCAUCAGCGCUGCGGAUCGGUCGUUCAUCGGGCGUUGGCCGUUGGGCUUCGUCUUCGUCUUCGUCUUCGUCUUUUCUACAGCUCAGCGGCUGGAGGCUGACGGAGGCCGCCGCAGGUCAAUGGAUCAUGGACAUUUCUUCUUCUAUCAACUGGUAACUAAACUCGUUACUGAGAGAUUCAGGUCUUCCUGCUCAGGAUUGAUUCAACUAGUGCGAGAGGCUCGCCGUUAUAACUAG